AGCGUUUAAAUGUGAAGUGGUUACUUAAAAAUUAGUAAAUUCGAGUAUAAUUGUGUUUGCAGUUAUGGGCAGUACUUGUUUACGCGAAAUGUAAAUUGUAAAGGUUUUGAACUUUUUUGUUGUUUAGGGUUGAUGGACGUGAAUUUCAUGAACGGGAAAAUGGAAGUUAAUGGGAGGGAUGAUCUGAAGAAACCUUUAUUGCAGCAUGUAAAUGGUGUUGCAAUUGAUAUCCCACAACAGAUUAAUGAUGGAGGUGACAAAUUUAGGACAGUGAAGUUCAAAAUACGGGAGAUCAAGUGUGCAUCCUGUGCAGCAUCUAUUGAAUCCGUGCUGUUGAGCCUGAAUGGGGUCAAGAGUGCCAUGGUGUCGCCGCUUGAAGGCCAGGCUGCAGUUAAAUAUGUUCCUGAGCUUGUUACUGCAAAACAAAUUAAGGAAACGAUUGAAGAAGCAGGUUUCCCUGUUGAUGAUUUUCCAGAACAAGACAUAGCAGUAUGCCGCCUCAGGAUUAAAGGAAUGAUGUGCACCAGCUGCUCUGAGUCUGUAGAAUGUGCCCUUCAAAUGGUGGAUGGGGUGAAAAAGGCUGUGGUUGGUGUAGCUCUUGAAGAAGCAAAGGUUCACUUUGAUCCAAAUGUCACUGAUACAGACUGUAUCAUUGAAGCAAUAGAAGAUGCUGGCUUUGGAGCCGAUUUGAUUAAUUCUGGCAAUGAUUUUAACAAAGUGCAUUUAAAACUUGAAGGAAUUAAGUCACAGGAAGAUGUUACCUUUAUUCAAACCUUUCUUGAGUCAGCUCAAGGUGUAAAUCAUGUUGAAAUGGAUUUGGCAGAAAAUAAGGUGACGGUUAGCUAUGACCCAGACCUCACUGGUCCAAGAUCUAUUAUACAGUACAUUGAUGGAGCUUCCCAUGGCCCCAGCAUUUAUCGUGCAAGCUUGUAUGCUCCUCCAAGACAAAGGGAAACAGAGCGGCUGCAAGAAACGCGGAUGUACAGGAACCAGUUCUUACUAAGCUGCCUGUUUUCGGUUCCUGUUUUCCUAUUUUCAAUGGUACUUCCAAUGGUUCCUACUUAUGGUAGCUGGUUAGACUACAAGAUUCAUAACAUGCUCACUAUUGGGAUGCUCUUAAGAUGGAUCCUCUGCACACCAGUGCAGUUUGUUGUUGGCCGAAGAUUCUAUGUGGGAUCAUAUCAUGCAUUGAGACGAAAAUCUGCUAAUAUGGAUGUUCUGGUCGCACUUGGCACAAAUGUUGCUUAUAUCUACUCUGUAUAUAUAGCAAUAAAAGCAUUGACUUCAGAUACAUUUGAAGGGCAGGAUUUCUUUGAGACUAGUGCCAUGUUGAUAUCCUUUAUCCUCUUAGGGAAAUAUUUGGAGGUUAUCGCUAAAGGGAAAACAUCAGAUGCUUUAGCAAAGCUGACAGAACUUGCCCCUGAUACAGCUCAUCUUUUAACAUUAGAUGGUGAGGGAAAUGUUCUUUCAGAGAUGGAAAUCAGUACUCAGCUGAUACAGAGGAAUGAUAUAAUCAAAGUUCUUCCAGGAGAAAAAGUUCCUGUUGACGGGAUAGUUAUAGAUGGUCAAAGUCAUGUGAACGAGAGUAUGAUCACAGGAGAGGCAAAGCCCAUUUCUAAAAGACCUGGUGACAAGGUUAUUGGUGGGACCAUGAAUGAGAAUGGUUGCUUACUGGUUAAGGCUACUCAUGUUGGGUCAGAGACUGCACUUUCCCAAAUUGUUCAACUCGUCGAAGCUGCUCAGCUUGCCAGAGCACCUGUUCAGAAAUUAGCUGAUCAGAUCUCAAAGUUUUUUGUUCCGACAGUUGUUGUUGCAGCAUUUAUUACAUGGCUUGGAUGGUUCAUCCCUGGAGUGUUUGGACUUUACCCAAAACAUUGGAUACCAAAGGUCAUGGAUGAGUUUGAGCUUGCUCUGCAGUUUGGUAUUUCAGUAUUGGUGGUUGCUUGCCCAUGUGCUCUUGGACUGGCAACCCCUACUGCUGUCAUGGUUGCCACAGGGAAGGGUGCUUCUCAAGGUGUGCUUAUCAAGGGAGGAAAUGCACUUGAAAAGGCACACAAGGUAAAGACAGUUGUCUUUGACAAGACAGGGACACUGACCGUUGGGAAGCCUGAGGUAGUCAGUGCAGUGCUCUUUUCUCAUUUUUCAAUGGAGGAGUUCUGCGACAUGGCCACUGCUGCUGAGGCAAAUAGCGAGCAUCCAAUAGCGAAAGCUGUGGUGAAGCAUGCUAAGAAGCUGCGUCAGAAGUUUGGCUCCCAUACUGAACAGGUUACUGAGGCUAAGGACUUUGAGGUGCAUACUGGAGCUGGUGUCAGUGGAAAAGUUGGUGACAAAACGGUUUUGGUUGGGAACAAGAGGCUCAUGCGGACGUUUCAUGUCCCUGUUGAAUCUGCAGUCGAGGACUAUAUUUCAGAAAACGAGCAACUGGCCCGAACAUGUGUUUUAGUUGCCAUUGAAGGAAAGGUUGCUGGAGCUUUUGCCGUAACCGAUCCAGUGAAGCCUGAGGCUCAGGUUGUUGUAUCUUUUCUCCGCUCAAUGGGCAUCUCAAGCAUCAUGGUGACUGGUGAUAAUUGGGCCACAGCAACUGCCAUAGCAAAAGAGGCUGGAAUAGAGAAGGUGAUUGCUGAGACAGACCCAAUUGGAAAAGCCGAUAAGAUAAAAGAAUUACAGUUGAAAGGAAUGACGGUAGCUAUGGUGGGAGAUGGAAUAAAUGAUUCGCCAGCCUUAGUUGCGGCCGAUGUAGGGAUGGCAAUCGGUGCAGGUACAGACGUAGCAAUAGAAGCGGCCGAUAUAGUUCUCAUCAAAAGCAACUUGGAAGACGUAAUCACAGCCAUAGAUCUUUCAAGAAAGACCAUUUCCCGAAUCCGUCUCAACUAUGUUUGGGCACUCGGCUACAACAUUCUUGCCAUGCCUAUUGCCGCCGGAAUUCUCUACCCCUUCACCGGAAUCCGACUACCUCCAUGGCUUGCCGGGGCCUGCAUGGCCGCCUCAUCCCUCAGUGUGGUUUGUUCUUCUCUCUUGUUGCAGUCUUAUAAGAAGCCUUUGCAUAUUAAAGCCCCUCAAAGGCCAAUUCACUAGUAGUAGUAUAUCAAGCAAUAAUAAUUAUAAUCUAUAAAAUUGACUAGUUUUUAGCCUCAAAUUGUAUCAUCAAUUGUUCUCAUUGAUGUGCUAUAUAAUCUAAUAAAACUAAAGUGUCAUUUCAAUUCUUUCACCUUAAAAGGGUGAAAUUUUUUAUCCAUGAUAAUAUUUCUGAGAAACCCUAUUGAAGAUCUAAAAGGGGUUUGAAUUA